CCCACUGACGACAUGGCUUCAAAGGUUAUCAUUUUCGUGGCGACACUGUCGUUGGCCAACGCUGGAUACCUGGGCGCUCCGGCAGUACUCGCUCCAGCAGCCCCCAUCGCCAGGGCGUACGCCCCCGCCAUAGCUGCCGCCCCCAUUGCUGCUGCCCCCAUAGCCAGGGCGUACGCCCCCGCCAUCGCUGCCGCCCCCAUUGUUGCUGCUCCCAUCGCCAGGGCCUAUGCGCCAGCUAUUGCCGCCGCUCCGGCCGCGGUCGCCGCAGAGUACGACCCACACCCCGAGUACAGCUUCAGCUACAGCGUAAACGACGCCAUCACUGGAGACUCCAAGGCCCAGCACGAGACCCGCAGCGGCGACGUGGUCCAGGGCAGCUACAGCCUGGCCGAACCCGACGGCUCCAUCCGCACCGUGGACUACACGGCUGACCCCGUCAACGGUUUCAACGCCGUCGUGCACAAGGAAGCCGGCGCCCACCCUGCCGUGGCCGCCGCUCCCGCCCCCGUGGCGCUCGCCGCCCCCGCCAUCGCCACUGCCCCCGCCAUCGCCGCCGCCCCCGCUAUCGCCGCCGCCCCCGCUCUGGCCUACGGCGCCGGACUUGGCUACGGCUACGCCGCGGCCGCUCCCAUCGCUGCGGCAGCCAUUGCUGCACCCGCCAUUGCUGCAGCCCCCAUAGCCAGGGCAGCUAUUGCUGCGCCAGCUCUCGCCUACGGUGGAUACGGCUAUGGCAGUCUGGGAUACACUAAAGCCAUAUUUGGCUAAACUGCACUUCACCAAAUUUGCGCCGAAUAAUUUAUGAAAGUUUCCAUUGAUCAUAUGUCCAUUCUUACAUGUAAAUAAACCAUUUUCUAUUCA